CAAAUGAUGGACAAACGAAACGACACAAUAAAAAUAAUAUUUUCUUGGUUUUAUGGAUACCUACCUAUUAUUUAAAAGAAACGUAAGCACCUACCAGGAAAAUAAAAAUAACAGAAAAUGGCUGAAAUCUUAAAAGAAUGGCUAUCUGAACGAUUACAAAAAACUAUAACAUGGGAAGCUGAUGAAUUUGGACUAAUGAUGAAAGAUGGAAACAUUAUAGCAAAAUUGCUUCUGAACUACAAAGUGAUAUCUGAAGAGCAGUUUUACCUAAUGAGAACAUGUGAUAAUAUUCACGAUGUACAAAAUAAUUGGAAGUAUCUAAAUGUAUGGUUGCAUAAUAUUGAAAUAUACUUAUCUGACGUUGAUCUUCAUAAUGUUAUGGUGGGUAAAGGUUCUUCGUUACUUCGUUUGUUUUAUAAGUUGUUUCUUCACCUGGAUCGAAGGGAUCGCACAGAUUUUAUAAAAAAAGAAAGAAAGGUGGUAUCGAAACUGGUUGACAAAAUGGAGCAAAGAUUUAAAGUUGAUAUGGUUAAAGAAGAAGUAGACACUGUCGUAGACGAUUUGUCAAAACCCCUUUUAGAUGAAAAACAUUUCAUAGACUGGCAAAAACAGAAAGCUGAAAAAUUAAAAGUCCAAUACGACUACAUACGAUCAAAAUACAAAAAUAAUAUAGAAACAUUAAAACAGUCCAAAUUGCCGCUAAAAUGCGUAUCUACACCUAUUGAAAAUCAGUCAAAAACAGAACUCAAAAAAUAUAAAAAAGAUAUAGAUAUAUUUGCAAUGAAACAUCCAUGCAAAUUUGAAAACUAUACUUACGAGCAAUUGAUAGAACUAGAUGCUUCGAUAGAGAAACGGAAAAGAUUACUUAUUGAUACCGACUGGGCAUCUAAUUAUAUGGAACAUUUACAUACAAAACUUAACAACAAGACAGAUUCACAAGAGUUCCAGGAACAAAUGAGAAACGUUAUUAGCGGUUCUUUAUGGGAAAAAUCAAUAGCUGAUGAGGAAACAAAGUUUGAUAAUGAAAUUGCAAAAAAAGUAAUUAAGUUAUCUCAAUUUGAAAGACAAAUGUGUACUCAGAUAAUGGAAACUAAACAACAGGCACGGAACUUGACUUUAAGUAGAAUAAAAGCAGAGCAAGAGUUUACGGAGCAAAGAGAUCAACAAUUCUCACAAUUUUUAGAUAAUAUUAAAGAACAGUUACGACUAGAAGUAACAGAAAUAGAUUUUGAGAAAAAGAGAAAUUUGGCACUUCAUAGGAAAUUAUAUGCGGAUAGAAAGAAAAAGAAAGAAGAGCUAUACUACAAUAUAUGCUAUGAGACUGUUCUUGCUUUAGUAGAUUAUGCCACUAUAUAUUCCUUUCACAAAAAAAUAUUUGAAGGUGAUGUCCCGAAGCAUUUCAUUAAUGAAUGGAAAACAACAUUCUUUAAGCAUCAACCUAUUUUCGAUGUUGUUGGCUCUAUGGAAGAUAUUUUCAAAGACCAAGAAGAUGAAGAGGAGAUUAUACCAGAGGAAGAUGAAAUAUUUAGACUCGAACAGGCCCGUCAAGAAGCAUUAAACAAUGAAGAGUUCAAUGAAUACCAUGGAUAUAGUGGACCAUGGUUUUUACUGGAACUUAUACCAAACUUUGAGCCUGAAUCUGAAGAACGUAGAUUUGAAAAAUUAGGAGGAAAAAUUAUGGCGCACGUUGUUUAUACAUUGUUAGAUAUGAAAUACCCUCAUCCUCCAGCGAGAUUGCCUUUGGAUAUUCCUGAAUAUCCUGUACGUUCACUGUUGAGAGGAAUACCAGACAACGCAUUAACUGUGCCAUUACAAAAAUUGCUGGAUUUUCGAAGAAUUCGUGUUAUUAGACUAGAGACUGCGAUUAUUUUUUGUCUUCAAACUUACAAAGCAGAAAUGGUAGGAAGUAAAGAUGUAGAAUUUGCUUUUGAUAAACUUUUGAGUGCAGCACCCACUAAAGAAAGCAAGGAUCUAGUAAAUGCAGUAAUGACUGAAGGUGAUUUCAUAAAAAAAGGUAAAGAAAUCCAACCUAUAGGUCCCAUUCCACCGAACACAAAACAAACUCAAACGCCUAAAACCAUACCCGAAGAAGAUAUUGUACUAUCGACAGCUGCAGAGCUUGGGAAAUAUACUUAUGAAUCUUUAAGUUUUGGAGAGACUUUGACUGAUUAUUUACUAUGUGCAAUUAUUGGUGAAUAUAUCAAAAAUCAAAGAGAUAUAAAUGGCUUUGUUAUAAUAAAUUAUCCAAUGUCGUAUCGCCAAGCUCAAAUACUAGAGGAAACUUUUUCUGGUGUUGCACCACCAGACCAAGAAAACAUAGAAGAAAGUGACGAUACUUAUAUGGAAGAGGUUAUUAUGAAACAUGAAAAUAAAGAAAAUGACUUAUACCAGAAGAUAAGAACAUCCCGACUCUUUAGUGAUCCUCAUAAAAAUAAAAUCCAACAACCAUUUCAAAGCUAUUUUACAUCUUAUAUCAAAUUAAAACCAACAGAUGAUAUUCUCAAAGAAGAAGUUAUUUGGAAUCUGACUCCAGAAAAUUCUGAACUUAUAGAUAGAUUUUAUUCAAUAUUGGGUUUGAACUACAGUAUUUAUUACGAAAUCCUACAGAGGGAAGUUUUGUCUCAAAUAUGCUGGUAUAUAAUUGGGGAUAUGUCUAUACCUCUAGACCAGCAUCGUGAACUUUUUGGUGAAAAUGUAUUAAGUACAUUGGAUUUAAAGUCAUCUGAUGAUAAACGUGCUAAAAGUAAAACAGUUAAACCGGAAGCAAAAUCAGCUUCCGCAAAAUCUACGGGUAAGGCAAAUAAAGGAAAGAAAUCCAAGAAACAUAGAACUUCCGUUAUGGAAACUGAACCGCAAAUUGAACCAGAGCUUGAACAAUUGAUUGAACCUGGCUCUCUUCAGGAGUUACUUGGAGAGGUUGGUGAAAGCAACCCUGAAAAUAAUGAAGAAAUAUUAUCUACUAACAUUUCAGAAGAUAUAAAAAUAUUGCCAGGUGAUGAAGAUUGGGAGUAUGUGAUUUUACCAAUUUCAGAACCAUUAGCUAUUUCAAUGGCUACUUACUGGGAAAUGGCAGAAAAAGCAUAUAUAGAUGAUUUAGAAGAACUUUUUUUCGCUAAGCGCAUGGUUAUAAACUCGAUAGUACCAUACAGUAAUUUUUUAAUGCAUAAAAUAAAUCAGAUUGUUUUAAUGUCGUCCUUAAAACAAGAGCUUGUUAUAGCAUUUCAAAAGAAAUACAAUGACUUUGAAGAUGAUUGGAGACUUAAUAAUGUGGCCAAAGCUGAAUGGCAUUGUCGAGUUAAAGAACUGCAGACAGUUCUGUAUAGUAUUACUGACGAGAGAAAACAGUAUGCUGAAAGUCAAAAACAAGAACUUGUGUAUAAUAACUGGACGGCUGAGGAGCUUACUUCUUUAGUAAAUACGUAUAUAUCAUGUAUGCAAACCGAAUUAAAUAGAUUUUUUGUGAGUUAUCAGCUAAUGCACGAUUUUUACUUUUUAAUGAUUAAAAAUAUACCUGCCAGUGAUAGGAUAUCAUCAAAAGAGCUCACAAAGAUUGUAAGAGACGUACAAGAUUCUCCGAAUAUGAAAAAAAUUGUAGAAGAUAAAGUUUAUAAGCGAGCAAAAUCCUUGUAUACUGAUGUAUUAAUGACGGACACCAGCAUGGAUACUCAAAAUAAUCCAUUUUAUGAAAUUUUGGAGGACAAUGUUAAUCUGGCUAUUAAACAUAUUAAUGAUGCUAACAAUAACUACAGGGCAUUGAUAAGUAAGGAAUACCUGGAACUUGCACAUGUUUCAUCAACCAAUAAGAAAAAAACAAAUUUAUCCGGCUUAGAUGAAAUAACUCCAGAGGAGGCACAUAUAAGUAACACAAUGAAAUGUUUAGAUGAGUGGACUAUGGGCAUUAACGGGGAGAUGUUUCGAGCAUCGUUGAGAAUUUUCGCCUUACAGAAUAAAUGUAAUCAAGAUUUGAGACUCUUUAAUGAUCAUAUGAGCAGGACAUUCAAUAACAUUCAAAAUACUAUUAACAAAAGCUAUAAUAAUGAAAUAAAAUCUAUAGAUCGACUUUGCAAGUAUUUCAGCUAUGCUAUUGAAGAAGGAAAAAAAGUUCAUGAAAAUGUUACACUCGAAAACGACACUUUAAUUAUUGAUCCUAAUAUUCUAAGCCUUGAAAAACUGGAGACGGAAAUUCCUAAAGUCGAAAGAGAAGUCGUCAGUGACAAAGAUUUUAGGAUGUGCCAGCUCGCCAAACUUCGAGAUCAGUUUAAAAUAUGUGCUCCAACUGGUCUGGCUCUUCAACAGGAAUUUGUCUACCUUCUCCAAGACUUUGUUAUGUAUGGAAAAGAGUCAUGUGACGGCUCCAUGUUCCCUGAAAAUUGGCAAAAACUCGAUCCAGAAAAUAUACCAAUAUUAGUACAACUAUUAUUUGGAGACUCCGCGUACAUCGAUUGGAGGGAUUUUCUUAUAUAUUGUAUGAAUAUUCGAUACCCUACCAUUGACGAGAUUUUAGAAACUCGUCAUAUGUUUAGAUGUCAGGAUAAAAACUCGAAUGAAACUCUCAGCCGAGAUAAUUUUCUGGAAGAUAAAUUAUGGUUUGAAGAUCUAUUUGAUACUGAAGAUAGUAGAGCUCAGUUACGAAAAUUGUUGUUGAAGCAUUUUCUUUUUGAGUUAUUUGAAAUAUCGCCCAAUAUAAUUAAUUAUUCCGCUUUUCUACUAGCAUUUUGCAAACAUGCAGAUCCAAUUGAAGGUUUUUCUAUGGCUAUAUCCUUGGCUACUGGGAAAAAGACAUGUGUGAAAUUAGAUGAAUGUGAAGAAGUCAUCUGUAAACAAAUAAAUAGAAAACGCCAUCUGGAUGCAAGUCUUCAAUGUGCUCAUGAAUGUGCUAAAGAGUUUAUUGAUACGCUUAUUGAGAAUGUUGUAGAGUCUUGCGAAGGUUUCGUUGUAUCGGAGAUUACAAACGCUGAAUCCACAUCGAAAUCAAACAAAAUGGAGAAGAAAAAUAAAUCUAAGAUGAAAGUUUCGUCAUCACAAAGUGCGAGAAGGCCAAAAGAAAAGAAAGUUGAGUCUAAAAUAUUUCAUUCUGCUCCUGACGUAUUGAGUACAUAUAUUUGCGAUCCUUGUGAAUUACCACCAUCUGAUAAAGUUUAUGAAGAAGGAAUCGAAGAAACUAUAAGUGUGUCAGUUGAAGAAGAUUCUAAUAUAGCCUAUAGCGUAAAUCAGGAUGUUAUAUGGAAGGUUCUAGAAAUCUGCUUACCAUGGCACUUUGUACUUACACCGGAAUUGAAAAAGACACCAUACCGAGACCAAGUACAGCAAGUAAUGACAAUCCUGCAGAAUGACACAGUAGAUGGUACUAUACACAUUAGUAAAUUCGUCAAAGAAGUGACAAUUUGUAAACUGUUGUUUAAGGUAAAGAAGUUUGCAUUGGUUGAUUUCAAUCAUGUGAUAUUUGAAUUAAUUACACAGAUAUCUCCGGAUUCUAAAGAAGAAGAACACAUUGAAUAAGAAAAUAGGUAACUAUUACAGAUUAGUAGGUAUAUUUUAAUAAACUUUUUAUGGAGUAAUUCAGAAUAAUAUGUCACCCUAUUUGCCUUACACUAAUUAGCCUAUUUCAAUAACCCUGUUUAUUCCUUAUUUUAUUAUACUUAUCGAAAUGUAUGUAUGCUUAUACCUAAUGUUCAUAAUAUUGGUAGUCAUACCUACCUCCUUAUUUUAAUUAAAUAAUUUCUUUCA